CAGCUGCUGAAGUUUUUAAAAAAGCGACAUAACAUGAUGAAAUCAGCGCAGAGGGUUUAUUUAACGCAAUAACCGAAGAAGAAAAAAAACAACAACAGUCCGUUAAUAGCCUGUUUUUAAGGAGGCUAUUAGUUUAUGUACUUUAUAUGUCAAUUGCUUAGAUUAUUUUUUUGUAUGUAUUUAUUUAUUACAACCUAGUAAUUUUAGCAACAUUCAAUAAAAUAAAAUUGCGGAAAAAUAUUCAUUGGGAAUAUAUAUAUAUAUAAAUUUUUUACACCUAUAAUAAUUCAUUUGGUUGAUAUCAAUAAUCAUAAUAUAAUGGGAGUUAUCGGAGAGCCGGUAGAGAUCUCAAGCGAAGAGCUCGUGCAGAUGCUCGUGACCCCGGAGAGCAGCGGCUCGCGCCUGCUGCUGCUGGACUGCCGGCCGUUCCUGGCCUUCUCGCGCGCGCACAUCUGCCGCGCGCACAACGCCGCGUGGAACUCGCUCUUGCGGCGCAGGUGCAGCCGGGGCACGGAGUCCGGCGCGCGCCUCGACUGCCUGCUGGCCGACCGGUCUCUGCCGGCGCGCGUGCGCAGCGGCGACUUCAGUAGCAUCGUGGUGCUGGACGAGAAGAGCCGCGCGCUCGGGGAGCUCGAGCGCGAGAGCCUGGCCGCGCUGCUGCUGCGCGCGCUCCAGAGAGAGGUGCACGCAGGUGCAUCGCGAAUCUGCUUCCUGCAAGGUGGAUUCGAUGGCUUUGUAGCGCUCUACCCUGAGCUGUGUAUCAGUGCACCAGGUGUUUGUGGAAAUCAGGCAACGCUGAGCGAAUCCGAGCCGAGAGUCUCCGGCAGAACGACACCUCUUUAUGACCAGGGUGGUCCUGUAGAGAUCUUGCCCUUUCUGUUCCUGGGCAGUGCGCAUCACUCGUCUCAGAGGGAACUUCUGCAGCGCUGCGGCAUCACGGCCGUCCUUAACGUCUCUUCCUCCUGCCCGAAUCUGUUCGAAAACGAACUGAACUACAUGACCCUGAGGGUGGAGGACAGCAUGGCAGCGGAUAUCCGGGUGCUUUUCCCUCAGGCCAUCCACUUCAUCGAUUCGGUCAAGGAAAGCGGUGGUCGAGUUCUGGUCCACUGCCAAGCUGGCAUCUCUCGCUCCGCCACCAUCUGCUUGGCGUAUCUGAUCCACGCCCGCCGCGUGCGCCUGAACGAGGCCUUCGAGUUUGUGAAGCGCAGGCGACAAGUCAUUUCCCCAAACCUGGCUUUCAUGGGUCAGCUCCUGCAGUUCGAGACGGACGUUCUGUGCCCUUACACGGUUCUAGACACAAAGAACGGCGCCACCACGUUUCAGUACCUCUGCUCAGACAACACAGACCUUUCAUGAAUUUUAUGGUGCUCCAAAGAGGCCACAGUACAAUAACUGGGACUCUUCAUACUGUGACAUGUGGCUUUGAUUUCUUUUCUUUCUUUUUUUUUUGGUUUACAAUCCAUCAUACACAUUUAUUCACAGGAUAAUCCACUCUGUGAGCCAAAACAAUGUGUAUUUAUUUAUUUAUUUAGUGCACUAAGGAACCACCUGCACUAGACUCUGCACUAUUUUAUUGUGUGUAUUUUUUAGAAAUACCAUCUGAGAACACGAUUUAUUACUAUAUUCAUAACCAUCAAACUCAUCAGCACAUAAUACUAAUGCAUAUGAAGAUGAAUAAAGCUUUUGCUUAAAUAUUAGGUUGGCAGAAACUUUCAGUAAGGUGAACGCCAACGUUUGGGAAAAUAUUUAUCUCUAGGUAGACUUGAGUGAUAUGGCAAAAAUAUCAUAUCACUACAAUAUAAUACAUGACAAUAUUGAGAAACCAGUCCAGACAAAACUUUAUUACUAGCCAUGGUCCAUAAGGAUGUCCCCAGAGGUACAUGGUUAGUGUUUUAGAGGUGCUUAUGAUACUUGUGAUCAGUGAUAUGAUUGGAUUGCAAAUUGGAUAUUAAUAAUAUAAUGACUGAAUCAAUAAUGGCUGAAAAAUAUUUAUAUAUACACCCCAAUCCUGGGUGGACAAAACAGUGUUUAAAUAUCUUCUUAUAAGUUGUCACAUUGAUUAUGUGGCCAUUGUGUUCUCACCCCUCAGCUCAACAUCAUGUAACAACCUGAGAAACCUUUGGCACACCAUCUUCUGUGAUAGAAAUAACAACGUUAUUAACUCUUUUAAA